CACCAAUCAGAAAUUCGGCUGAAUUUGGUGUGUUUGUAAAUGACGUAGCAGCUGGAAAGCAAAAUGGCUUCCUUUAAUUUGUAAAUGGAUCUGCUAAGAGAGAUUCUCGCCUUCUCCAGGCACGGGAUCUUUUAUUUUUUUAUACAUUUCGACAAAUCGUAGAAAAGAGUUAAUUUCUUGUCGUCAGACUUCCACAUUUUUCCUUUUAAAAAUUCUCCGGUGGCGACCGGGAAAGUGAAAGAAAACGAGGAUGGACGGUGGGGAGUAUAUUUCGGCAAUGGAAAAUAUGGACCCCACGUUAUCAGAACUCGGGGACGAAUUUACCCUGGGUGACAUUGAUGAGAUGCUACAGUUUGUUAGCAACCAGGUGGGCGAUUUUCCCGACCUCUUCGAGGAUCAGAUACCACCUGGCUCCCUCCAACAUGGCCCUGCCUCUCAGCCUCCGCUGGAAGCCCCCCCGACAUCACAAACACCAGGGAAUAUGGGGUUUCAGACUCCUGCUCCACUCACACCUAUGGCCGCCCCCCCUUCUGUGACUCCCCAGACUCCUGUGCAGCUCCAGGUUCAGGUCCGUGCUCCACCCCCGCUUCAGCCGCGGCCCCAGCCUGUCCAGCAGGUGGUGCCACAGCCUCAGCAGCAGGCACAACCCAUCCAGGUGCAGAGCACGGCCGUCCCUGCAGUACAGACUUUGGGAGUGCAGGCCACAGGCUUUCCAAUGCAGGCCCAAAGCCAGGCGCUGCCGAUGCAGACCCAGGCCCCGACCGUGAUGUUUGCCCCAGCCCUGACCAGCGCCUCACCCUCACGCUUUAUUCAGAACUCUGUCAUCUGCCACCAGAGCCCCACACCUGCUUUCCAAGUUCUCCAACCACAGAUGCAGAGCAUCAUGACGUCACCACAGAUUCAGCCAAUGGCCAUCCAGCACCAGCGUGUCCUGACGACAGCCGGCCAGACCAUACAGACGCUCUCGACGGCGCCUGCUACUGUACAUGCAGUGUCGCAGCAAGUGCCAGUUCUGGUCCACCAGCCCCAGAUUUUAAAGACGGACUCCCUGGUUCUGACCACCCUGAAGCCCGAUGGCACCCAGGUCCUGUCCACAGUGCAGAACUCGGCUGGUAUCGCAGCCCUGACCACCCCCAUCCAGACCACGGCCCUGCAGGUCCCGACUCUGAUGGGUGGCAACAUUCUGACCACACUUCCCGUUGUGAUGGGGGGUGGAGACAAGCUGCCAAUCAAGCAGCUGUCGUCCGGGGCAUCCGUUGGCGGAACCAAUGGCAGGGCCGGCACAGACCAAGGGGCGGUGACAGGGAUGGGGCUGGGAGUAGGGAUGAAGGAGGGCGAGAAGAGGACCACCCACAACAUUAUUGAGAAGAGAUACCGUUCCUCCAUCAAUGACAAGAUCCUGGAGCUCAGAGACCUAGUGAUGGGCAACGAUGCCAAGAUGCACAAAUCAGGAGUGCUGAAGAAGGCCAUUGAUUACAUAAAGUACCUUCAGCAGACCAAUCAUAAGCUCCGGCAAGAGAACCUGGCCCUCAAGAUGACCAACCAGAAAAACAAGUCCGUGUGUCUGACGGACGACACCGAGAUGAAACCGGAGAUGGUGAUGAUGUCGCCCCCUGCCUCGGAUUCGGGCUCAGGGUCUCCCCACCAGUUUUCCCCUUACUGCGUGGACUCGGAGCCUGGAAGCCCUCUGCUGGACCAUGAACAGAUGAAGUGCGAGCCCGACUCGCCUGCCUCGGUGGGCGUCAUGGACCGCUCCCGCAUCCUCCUCUGCGCUCUCACCUUCCUCUGCCUGUCGCUCAACCCACUGCCUUCCCUGCUGGGCCCCGGGGCCCGGAGCGGACCCGAGUGGCCCCCUGCUGCUGUGGGACACGUGCCCUCCAGAACCAUGCUGGGCCUCUCUGGUCAGACCCAAAGCUUUGCGGUGUGGCUCUGGUGGCUGCUGCCCUGGGUCAGCGUGUGGCUGCUGAGCGGGGUGGGCGCCGUCUGGGGCUGCGUGAGAGUGCUGUACCUGUGGGAGCCGGUGACGCCGCUGCACUCGCCCAAGUCCGUCUGCUUCUGGAGGCACCGCAAGCAGGCCGACCUCCAGCUGCUGAGGGGUGACUACACAGCCGCAGCCACCAGCCUGCAGACCUGCCUCUCCGUACUGUCCAGGGCCCCUCCGGCAACCAGCCUCGACUUGGCCUGCUCCCUCUCCUGGAAUCUGAUUCGCUACUGCCUGCACCGGCCCACCCCCCUGGGCUGGCUGGUGCGUCAGAUUGGUGGGAAGCACAAAGGGGAGGAGUCACAGACCAGCUCACGGGAUGCUGCCCUGGUGUACCAGAGACUCAGCCAGCUGCAGCUCACAGGGAAGCUGCCGCAGCGCAGUGGCCUUUGGGGCUUGUCCCUGUCCCUCAGCGCGGUGAACCUGAGCGAGAGCGCCCGAGGAAAGGUGCCCCCCCCCCAGCAGGCCGAGAUCUACGUCACAGCGGCCAUCGCGCUCCGCAGUGUGCUGGGCCACCACCUCUCCUGCCUGCCUGGUUACCUGUUGAGCUGUGCUGACAGCCUGGCCUGUCAGUCAGACUCCAGGCAGGCCCCUGAUUGGCUGCGCUGGCUCUUCACCCCAUUGGGCAGGCAGUUCUUCCUGAGCUGCGAUUGGUCCGUGAAGUCUGCCAACCGAGAGGGUGUCUAUACUUCCCAGCGAGACCCAGCCGACCCCAUCGCCCAACUGCACCGCUGCUUCUGCGAGAAGUUGCUGGAGAGAGCUGUACACUCACUGAUCCAGCCACACGCCGACGCCAAGAUGCAGAAGCCUCAGGAGGGCACAGGUGAGUUCUCCAGCGCCUUGGAGUUUCUUCAUCUACUGAACAGCUGCACAGAGGAGUCUCCCUCGCCCUCCCCUCCCUUCCCUCCCCCUGCAAGCCACGGCAGGGCAUCAGCAGUGGGAGACCCCGUGUGUCGCUGGUGGGCGAUGGUCCUAGAGGCUGUGGCGUGCUGGCUGCAGGGUGACGACGAGGCCGUCAGGUCCCUGCUGGCCGAGGCGGAGCGUUUGCCGAGAGCCCUGCACACACUGGACCACCCGCUCCCCAAAGCUGUGCAGCACCUGUGUCGGGCCGUGCAGAUGAGCCUGAACGCCCAGAAGGGAGAGGCGUGGCUGGGCUGCCUAGCGGCCUGCGAGCGCUCCAGCGGCCACCUGCAGGCCAGCAUCUCCCUGCCCCUGGGCCAGAGUGCCGGCUGGCUCAACAAGGGGGUGGAGCUCCUGGUAUGUGACCUCUUGCUGACCCUGAGGACCAACCUAUGGCAGAGAGGAGGCGGAGCUAAUGGGGAGCCAGGCCCCGCCCCCAGCUCCCAGCUGGCUGGAUUUCAGCAUGACCUGAGCUCUCUGCGUAAACUGGGCCAGUGCUACAGACAGGCUCAGCACAAGCUCUUCCUCCAUGAGACGACCAUGCGGCUGAUGGCGGGGGCCAGCCCCACCCGCACACACCAGCUGCUGGAGCUCAGCCUGCGCAGACGCAGCCAGAACCGCGGCAGUGGGGCAGAGGGCGACUGCAUGCUCGGAGAGCGGGAGCGAGCCCACGCCAUCCUGCUAGCCUGCCGCCACCUGCCCCUGCCGCUGCUCACGCCGCCCGGCCACCGGGCGCGGCUGCUGGCCGAGGCCCGACGCACACUGGAGCGUGUGGGAGACCGGCGCUCGCUUCAGGACUGCCAGCAGAUCCUGCUGCGGCUUGGCGGCGGCACGACCAUCGCUGCCUCCUAAUGGAGGAGACGUGUAUAUACCCACAUAAACAACAGACACACCCGCCCAGACCCACGCGCCGACAACUACACACUGACGCUUACGGACAUUCACAACGGAAAGCAGUACUGUUACAUCACUGUAAGCCAACGUUAAACACGUACGACAUGCUCUGUCUGUGAUUACGCUCUCUGUAUACAUCUGCCUACGGGUUUUCAGCAUUUUCGAGCACUGGGGGCCUAGAUUUCAGACCCGAGACUCAAAGGGCAAACACUUACCCUGUUAAGUUUUGGGCUUGUUCAGCCAGAAUAAACCUGACUGACUUGCCACAAAGAGAUAUUUGGUGGCCAGUAAAGGGUUCUGCCUUAAAUAAGCUGUCAGUUCGUCUAAGGAUCGGGACAGUGCCGUAUAAAAUGGAUGUUUAAUCA